UCUAGCAAAGCUCUUCAACGCUMCAAUACAAGUGUAGUUUGUGUAUUUUGGAGGAAUUUUUCACAUUGGAAACCAAAAUGAAUGAGACAUCUUCGAGAUUCGAGCAAAARCGCAAAAAUGAUUCCAAACCCAUGAUUUUGUGUAAAGURUGUGGAGAUCGAGCGUCGGGUAAGCAUUAUGGUGUGACAACAUGCGAUGGAUGCCGUGGAUUCUUUAAACGCAGUGUCCGUAGAAACCUKGUCUACCARUGCAAAGAGAAAGGGGUGUGCCCGAUUGAUGUCGCUCGCAGGAAUCAAUGUCAGGCUUGUCGCCUGAAGAAAUGCUUUGAUGUGCGAAUGAAUCGAGAUGCUGUACAGCAUGAAAGAGCACCAAGAACCAGUCAUUACAAACAAACUAUCACCCAGUCUAAUCUAAAACCCAUCAAGCGAAAACAUUCUCUUGAACAAGAAAACAUUGAGAACGAGCCUGAAUUACACGUCAGGGCCAAGAAAGAGCCUUACGAUCAUGAUUUCUCUUUGAAAGGAGGUGCCUUUAUUGCUAGGGGAUCGAAAGAAAUGACCCCAGUUACUAUAGCGACGACCAAUUUAACCCCACCCUCCACCCCACAGUACAAUAAUGGUACAUUUGUUUAUAUGGCAUCACCUGAGAUGAUCUAUGAAUCAGCGAUACGAAUUCUUUACAUGACAGUCAAAUGGGUUCGUAAUAUUCCAACAUUCCUGGACUUACCAUUCCGUGACCAGGCUAUAUUACUGGAGGAAGGAUGGUCUGAGCUSUUUAUUCUCAGCUUGGCGCAGUGGAACAUGGUUCUUGAUAUGAGCUCAUUGAUAGCAGCUGCUGGUGCAAGCCAAGGUUCAGAAGACAGCACGGCUGAAAGCAUCAAUAAUAUACGAACACUACAGUAUAUUGUAUCAAGACUUAGAUCCGCUAACAUUGACCAAACGGAGUUUGCUUGCCUUAAAGCCAUCUUGCUUUUUAAGCCAGAUAUUCGUGGKUUGCGUUCUGCCAGUGAAGUUGAACUUCUUCAAGAUCAAGCACAAGGAAUGCUUGGAGARCACGACCGUCAAAACUACCCUGAUCAGCAGGUUCGCUUCGGAAAGCUUCUCAUAACAUUAUCAAUAUUAAAGUCAAUCACGACUAAAGCCAUUGAACAGAUCUUCUUCCGCGGAACCCUUGAUUCAAUACCGAUGGAGAGACUGUUGUCAGAUAUGUUUAAAUCGUGUUGAGAAUUAGAUGACAAUUCRUUCUUCCGAGAUCAAAAUUGAUCAAGAUUUAUGCAAAUGGUUUAUAAUAUGUAUAUAAGGAUACCGUUGAUCGGUUUAUUAGAGAAUUUCAAACAGUCACGUGAUAUACCAUGAUGUCAUGAUAUACGAUCACAUGACUGAUGAUGCUUUUUACAAMAAAAGAAUCCCACCUUAGCCUGGGUUUUAACUCAUGGACAGGCUGCACCAAGUACCACUAACUUAGCCUCCACUGCAGGCGAUGUUUGGAAUUCCCUGUGUAGAUACUCACCAAACGAAUAUUAGUGAACUAAAUAAUUCACUAACGAUUUUCCUCCAUUACGUGAUGGCAAACAUUACCUAUUGGGUAGCAGAAACCACCAAAGCAUUUUAAAGAAGGAAAUUCAAUUUAUUUAGGACGAAGAAACUGGUAUCUGCUAUUCAAUGAGCAAAAUCUCUCAUAAGAAAACCACUGUCCCUCGACACAUAGGUUUAAUUAAUUGAAAUGAGAACGAUUCGAAAAAUGGUGGACUAAUUCAACUAUGAAUUGGUCCAAACUGUGAAACUUCUAGUGAUGUUGCAAGAACGAGAGGUCAGUAGACAUCAACUCUAUGUAAAUUGUCCAUCAUUUUUCGAAUUAUAACAAGCCAGAAAAUCUAGAUUUAAAUAUAGAAAUAUAGCUAACAAGCUUUUUAUAUAGAGAGCAAUUGAAAUAUUUAUUUUAUAUCACUUCUUUGUAAAUAUAUUGAUUUGUUUUCAGUACAUUUUUAGAAAACAUUAGUAUCGAUAUUGCACCUYACUAGCGGGUGCCUUUAUAUUUGCUAUAAAUUAUUCAAUAAACUAUGACACGCUAUUCAGAAAACUGA